AUGGCGAGACCAGCCGACAUCCUUAUUUACCACCGCGUGCGUAGACCCCAAAACACCUACCAGGAACCGAGGGGGUUUGGCCCGGGCCUGGCCCUGCUGGUGCCCCAGGCGGAGGAGGAGGUCCUGCUCCUGCCCACCACGCACCACGCGCUGUCAGGGGCGACCCCGGGAGGAUCUGAAUCACUGGGACUUAAGUCAACAAGUGGCGGCCGCGGGAAGGCCCAGCUGGAGCCAAACCAAGGCCUGGAUUCUCCUCGGCGGACGGAAGCCCACGCUGAAGCCCGCCCCCCGCCGCCUAUCUCGGGGCUGAAAGCCCCAGUGGCCAGGGUCCAGGCCCCCCUGGGUGCCCACGCCCACCGUCUGCAGCGUGGGAGGCUCGCCCAAGGCGAGGCCGAGUGCGGAGGGGUGCGCUCGCCCCAGCGCCGCCUGCCGUCCGCCGCCGCUCUCGGCCGCCCCCCGGCUCCCCGGCUCGGCCACCCCCGCCCCGCGCCGCGGCCCCCAGCGCGGGCGCACGACGGGCCCCCCGAGGGCCCCAGACAGGCCGAGGGCCGGACGCUGAGCCCCAGGCGCUCCGGGGGCCGGGCCCAGGCGCUGCCCCGGGGCCUCUCGAGACCAGCCCCGGGCUCCGGGCCAGGCUGGCGGCGGGCGCAGCGGGCGGGAGGGAGCGCGGCUCGGGCCCUGCGGGCGCCCUGCGGCCCCCGGGCUCGCCCCCACCCCGCGCGCAGCCGCUCCCCGCCCGCCGCGCCGGGGCCGCGCCGCGCGCCCCCGCGGUCCCCCGGCCCAGCCAGCGAGCCGCACGCACGCCCCGGCGCUCGCAGACCCGGCCCCGAAAGGGGGGCCGCCCCCGGGGAGCCAGACUUACCCGGGGUCCGGCGGGCCUCCGGCGCGCUCCCUGGCUGCCCUCUGGCGGCGGCCGCGGGGACCGGCGCCUGCCCCGCCCCGUCCCACCCCGCUCCGCCCCGCCCGGCCCGGGACCUGAAGGCCGCGGCGGGCGGAGAAGCGGCCUGA